CCGCGCGUGGCAACAGCGCGAGAGAUUUCGACAGCACAUAUCGUACAUUUAAUAAGAUUUCAUGAAUGAAAUAAACUGUUUUGUAAAUUAAAAAAGUUUUAAAAUUCAUACCUUAGUCUGUAUAUUGUAGAAAAAAAAAAAAAAUUAGGCGCGAGUGUAUUUUGCCAAAAAAGUUCUGAUAACAAAUUAAAAAAUAAAAAGGUCUCGUUUUUGCAUCCAGCCAGUAAGGUGUUUUAUAGUGCAAGCGUCUAGAGCUGUAAUUAAGGUGGCAUAAUGCGCGAGAGCCUUCGCCGGCUGGCGUCGGAGGACGGCGAUCGACCAAUGGGGAACGAGCGGCGCGCGCGCAUCGAACUACUGAACGGCGAACACAUCAAUGUUGAUGUUGACCGCAAGGCGAAAGGAGGCGACCUGCUAGACCGAAUAUGCGCCGAGCUUCAGCUGACAGAGAGGGACUACUUCGGUCUACUACACGCGCAAAGAGGAGACCCGAGGACAUGGGUGGACUUAGGGAAAAGACUCUCCAAGACCUUCAAAAAUGAACCCUGGGACAUGCGUUUUGCCGUCAAGUUUUACCCACCCGAACCUUCUGAGCUAAACGACGAUGAGACUCGCAACCAGCUCGCUUUGGCCGUCAGGAGGGACCUUAUGGAAGGUCGCCUUUCGUGCUCCAUGAUAACCCACGCGCUCCUAGCAUCCUACGUGCUCCAAGCAGAGCUGGGAGACUACGAGCCAGGACACGUGGCGCCUCCCGUCAUAGCUGCCCACAGCGCGGCGCCACCUAGCGUCAGGACUGAGGAGUUGGAUGACCAUAUAAAGGAGCUUUAUAUGAAACACAAAGGCCAAACCCCAGCGGAGGCCGAGUUAUGUUACCUGGAGAACGCCAAAAAACUGCCCCUAUACGGAGCAGAACUGCACUGCGUCAGGGACUCUGAGGAUGUGGAUCUGGUGCUAGCAGUUGCUGCUGGUGGCAUCGCUGUUUACAGAGACGGCGUCCUGAUGAACCGCUUCCCGUGGGCCAAGAUCACCAAGAUCAGUUACAACAAGCGCGUAUACACGCUCCGACUGCGCGCGAGCGAGUUCGACCAGUUUGAGACACAUUUGGGCUUCAAGCUGGCUUCAACACGCGCUGGGAAGAAACUGUGGCGGUGUUCAGUGGAACAUCAUAUGUUCUUCAGGAGAGCAGCGCCCGUGGCCGUGGAGCGCAUCGCCGGCUUCCCGCGCCUCGGCUCGCGCCGCCUCUCCUGCCGCCGCACGCUGCGCCAGAUGCGGGAUCUACCGAGAGAGAUCACUGCCUGA